GCAGAAAUUCCAACACAUAAUUUGCUUCAACAGAAACGGUCACAUUUAGCAAACGAGCGCGCAAGUAACAACAUUUUCGUAUAAAGUCUGCUGAAUUUUAAAGUAAUUCGCCGGCAAAAAUGAAGCGUGCAAAGGAGGAGGACAAGGACGAGUCCACCAGUGCCAACGGCACGUUGAAUUCGAGCGCCGGCAGCAACAGCAACGAUGCUGCCGCAACGACAAGCACCGCCACAACAACCACAGCAACUCGCACUACAGGACGCCUCAAGAAGCCCAAACAAGUGUACGAUCCAUCCGAUAACUAUGUACGAUACCGCAACACAACGCCAGCAAACGCCACAGCACAGACGGCGCCAAUGCCGGCACCGGCCGCGACCGCGACCGCCACAGCGACCGCCACAGCAGCGGUCCCAGUGCGUGUUACAUCGCCUGUGGCGGUGGCUGCAACCAAGCCAGAUUCAGUUGCCAAUGCUGAUGCCCAAGAUGCUGAGUCAGGCGCCCAGCCGCAGCGUCAGUAUGAUAUAUGUCAGAAAUGCAAACAGAUGGAAGUAAAGCGUGGCUCUGGACACAAAAGUAAUUUUCUUGGUUGCAAGAGCUGCCUGCACAAAUGGCAUUUCUCGUGCAUGUCCAUCAGUUUUGAUGUCCUCUCGGUUGCUCGCAAGAAGUACAAAUGCCCCUCGUGCCGCAAUUGCAGCAUUUGUGGCGCCAAGGGAACAGACUUGGCCAUUUGCUCAACUUGCGUUUAUUCGUUUCAUCGCGAUUGCCAUGAUCCGCCAUUGAGCGGCUCCGAUCUCAGUGAGCGCCAGUGGCAAUGUCACAGCUGUGAGCACGAACCGAACCACAACAAUAACAACAACAACACUUCGGGUGGUGAGCAUACUGGACGCAAAUCGUAUCCGGGACGCAUGAAGCGUGCCCAGUCUGAUCCCGCUGGUCAGGAGAAGCAGGCAAAACUCGUGAAGGAGUCAAAAGAAGAAACAAAACGCGCCACCAAAAAGAAAGAGAAAGCGGCAAAGCAAGAGGGAGAGGGAGAGCAUAAGCAAAAGAAAGAGGAAAAGAAAAAGGAAAAGGAAGAGCUAGAGCUAGAGCCACAGUCAGAGCUCAAAGAAGAGGCCGAUAAACGCUUGUCCACUGAUGAAUCAGACAUGCCCAUGGAGGCAGCUGCUGCUGUUGAGGAGCCUAAAGUAGAGACCAAGGAGGAGCCAGAGGUAAUGCCAGCUGAAACCAUGCCCGAGCCAAUGGAGCAAGAAACUGCAACAGAAACUGAGCAUAAAUCUGUGGCAGCAGAAGCUGCUGCUGCUGCUCCUGCUUCUCCACAGCUGGUGGAACAAAUGCCGCUCGGCAUGGACAUGGAUCCGCAGCCAUUGGAAGCGGCAGCGGUGCCAAAUGGCAGCGAUGAUUAUGAGCCACCACCGCCACCGCUACUGGUACGAUUACCUGCUGACGACGUACCGGUGACUUCGUCGAAUCCCGUGAGCAACUGGACUACCGAACAGGUUACCGCAUAUGUGUCACGUUUCUAUCCGGAGGAGGCACAAGAACUCAACAGACAGGACAUGGAUGGUGAAGCACUGUUGAUGCUUACGCGCGAGGAUAUGAUACGAUGUUUUGGCUUUAAACUUGGCCAAGCACUGCGCGUAUUUCAGGUCAUACUUGGCCUACAAAUGCGCAACAACAUUGUAUCGCUAGGCUGGUCAUCCACUUAGUUUUUAGCAGCUUCCCUAAGGAUACAUUUACAGACUUAAGUUAGAUAUUUUUUUGUUUGUUGUUUUUCGAACCUUAACUACAAAGUAACGCGAAUACUCCGACGUCGAAAAAAUCGUAGUAAACUAGAAACCAUUAGUAUAAGUUUUUAUUUUUUAGUUUGAAAAAAAAGACACUCAAAAUGUUUGUGAUCGAAAACGAAUUUCGAAACAUAAUUUAGACAGACACACACGCGCGGUCUUUCUCUAGUCAGAAGUAGACAAAUUUCCCGACAUCGUUGCUGGAAAAUUCAUUUAAAAAUAAGUUCAGAAAAUG